UUGAUAUAAAUUUUUUUUUUCAGGCAACAUGGAAAUAAAACAGAGAAGAAGAAAACACAAGAGACUACUUGCAAAUGAAAAUCCUCGCAAAUCAAAAAAUAUUAGUCAGCGUUGGGUUGCAUCAAGCCUGGAUGAAGAAAAAAUAUUUAGUGAUAAUGUUGUUACUGGUUUUAUGGGUUUAGAAGAAAUAGAAGAUUAUAACGAGGAGGAGAUUAAAAAUUUAAUCUCAGAAGAAGCAGGCAAGAAAAGAAAGAAAAAAAUUGUUAAUGAAGAAAAUGAUGAAAACAGUGAACAAGAUAUGCAAACUUUUAAUGUAGAGGGCAGCAAACCAGCAAAGAAAACUGAAAUUGUUAACAAAGCAAAUAUAGCAGAAAGCGAGGGACCUAAGAAGUUAACAAAAAAGGAAAGGCGUAAAGCAAAACGUAAGGAGUCUUUUAAGUUGCUUUUGAAAGAACGCAGAAAAAAAAGAAAAGAGUUAAAAAGACAAGAAAAAGCACAUACACAAAAUUCUGUCCAUACUGAAAAGAAUGAGGAACAACAACGUGUUGAUUGUCGAGAUGACGAUGAUGUGGAAAUUGGUGAUUGGGAGGGUCUAGGUGUACCUGAAGAAAUUGUAAAGGCUUUGUUGGAAAAGAACUUUACAAAUCCAACACCAAUACAAAAAGAAACUCUACCACAUGCUAUCAACCACCAUAAGGAUAUAAUUGGGGCUGCAGAAACAGGCUCCGGCAAGACGCUAGCAUUUGGUUUGCCUCUACUAAAACAUAUCAUGGAUUUAAAAGAGCGUCGAAAAGAAAAUUUUGCGCAGCAAUUGGACACUGAUGACAAACCCUUAUACGCGCUGAUCCUGACUCCAACAAGAGAGCUCGCAUUGCAAAUUAACGAUCACAUUAAAGCCGCCGCUAAAUAUGUUGAUAUAGAUACUGCCGUGGUUGUUGGUGGACUGGCUACGCCUAAACAAGAGAGGUUGCUUGGAAAGUGUCCCGAGAUUGUAAUCGGGACGCCUGGAAGGCUACAUAAGCUCAUUACUGACGGUGAACAGCAUCUGAAUAAGAUGCGUACGUUGAAGUUUUUAGUUAUUGAUGAGUGCGACCGCAUGUUGGAGUAUGGCCAUUUCAAAGAACUGAACGAAAUUUUGGACAUGGUGGAGAGUUCUGCUGCCAAGAGGCAAACAUUUUUGUUUUCUGCGACGCUCACCCUUCCUCAACACCAUCACGGAUUCAAGAAAAAGAAAAAUCAUAAGGACAAUGAAUCGGAAUUGCAGGCGCUUAUAAAUAAAGUCGGGUUAAAUCCAAAAGCUAAGGUCGUUGAUCUAACGACGAAACACGUGACUGCCACCAUGUUGCAACAACUAAAAGUCAUGUGUACAAACGACGAGAAGGAGAACUAUUUGCUUUAUUUUUUGAUGACUCAUCCUGGUCGGACAAUUGUUUUCGUGAACAGUAUUGCUCUCACAAAACGUUUGUGCUCCCUGCUGACGUUGCUAGGUAGGGAACCACUGCAGCUGCAUGCUGGGAAGCAACAAAGACAGCGCUUAAAGUAUCUUGAUCGAUUUGUCAGUAGCGAGAUGGGCUUGUUGAUAGCGACAGAUGUUGCCGCCCGUGGCCUCGAUAUACCGAAGGUUCAGAAUGUUGUUCACUACCAACUGCCAAUUGAUCCAAAAGUCUACAUUCAUCGAGCCGGACGAACUGCGCGUGCCAAUGAACGUGGUCUUAGUUUUAUACUGGAGGGGCCUGAAGAUUUUAACGCUUAUAAGAAAAUUUCGCAAGUCUUAAAACUUGGUAAGGACAUACCUUCAUUGAAUGUCGACCGUGGGUUUUUAGACGGUAUUAAGGCAAGAGUAUCGUUAGCAAAACAAAUAGACAAAGAAGAGUAUAAGUUUCGCAAAGAAAAUGCGGAUCAAAAGUGGAUGGACAGAGUGGCGGAAUCUAUAGAGAUCGAGGUGGAUCAUGAACCGAAAAACGAAUUAACAAAACAACAACAGACAGUUUUAAAACAAAAAAGAAAAGAAUUAGAUAUGUUAAUAAAAACAAAACUUAUACCGAAAGGUUUUUCUGGCGCUUAUCCCACUAGAGGUGGAAAUCUGAUGUCUUUACAAUCUCUGCUUUAAAGCGUAGUUGUAUAUGUUAUGUGCUCGAAGAACACUUCUAUUCCAAA